GCCAUCUUGUUACAUGCCCACCGCCCAAAAGAAGAAGACAUCCGGUGACGCCGCCGUCAAAUGCGCGAGCUUCGGUGUGACGUCACUGUCUGAACGAACAUGGCGAACAUUCGGUGUGUCAAGGGCAUGGUCGGCCUGGUGACGGGCGGUGCGUCCGGUUUGGGCCGAGCCACUGUGGAGCGUCUGGUGCAGAACGGAGCGUCUGCUGUGAUCCUGGACCUGCCCUCGUCUGAUGGACCGGCUCUGGCAGCCAGUCUGGGGGACCGCUGUGCCUUUGCUCCUGCAGACGUUACGUCGGAGGCAGACGUACAGUCAGCGGUGUCGCUGGCCAGAGAGAAGUUCGGGAAGCUGGACCUGGCAGUUAAUUGUGCCGGCAUCGCUGUCGCCGUUAAAACCUACAACUUUAAGAAGGACCUGCCUCACAGCCUGGAGGACUUCCAGCGUGUUAUCAAUGUGAACAUUGCAGGAACCUUUAAUGUGAUCCGCCUAGCUGUGGGUGCGAUGGGGAAGAACGAGCCUGAUGCGGACGGACACAGAGGCUGCAUCAUUAACACAGCCAGUGUGGCAGCUUUUGAUGGACAGGUCGGCCAAGCGGCGUAUUCGGCGUCUAAAGGUGGCAUCGUAGGAAUGACUCUCCCCAUCGCACGAGAUCUGGCACCCAUGGGCAUCAGGGUCAUCACCAUAGCACCCGGUCUGUUCGCCACUCCCCUCCUGGCUGGUCUUCCAGAGAAGGUGCGCUCCUUUCUCGCCCGCCAGGUGCCCUUCCCCUCACGGCUGGGAGACCCCGCCGAGUUUGCCCACUUGGUCACGUCGCUGGCUGAGAACCCCAUGAUUAAUGGAGAGGUCAUCAGACUGGACGGAGCCAUUCGCAUGCAGCCCUGAGCCAGAUGGGGGGUGUGUGUGUGCUGUUGUUGUUUGGGGUAUUUGUUGUUGUAGAAAACUGCAUACAGUAAAUGUACACUAAUGGGUCAUAAGCACCAUUUAAUCAGGGUUGUGAGUGAGAGAGGUGACUGAAUGAGACUGUACACAAUUCAGAGCAUUGCAGUACUUUGUUUGUAAACUAAUCCAGAUAAUAAACCUCAGAUACUUUGA